UGCUUCUUGGCGAAAAGCGUUCACAACGUGGAUUCAAAACUAGGUCAUGGCACAGAACAUGGCCGAUUGUUUUGAAAACUGACUGCCAUUUCUGCAAAAACAUCAAACAAUAUUGAAUUUUCUUUAUCGGAAUAUUUAGAAUAUGGAUAUUUUUGAAAAUUUUCAAAGAGGAAGAUGGUAACUUCGACUACGGGAAAGUGCGAAUUUGAAUUUCAUAGAGCUAUCAGAUGAAUUAUUGUUGAGAUAUCAAUGAAAAUUUGAAGAAUUAUUUGGAUUAACCUAACACAUAUAAAACAAAGAUUUUAACUAUCAACCAUGGAACUCUUAAUAAGAGUGUUACUUCUGUCCUGCUGCAUUUUUCUUUCUUGUGGACAGUUUCAGUUUGAUGGUGCCAAUCAGCCACCAGAAGAAGAGGAAGAAUAUGUCCGUCCCACUACGACCACCCCUGCUCCUACAGAGCCUCCUCAUAUCCUUUGUCCUGUCAACAGGAUGUUUACCUAUCCUUGUACCUGUGAGAAAGGCGGAGUUGAAGGAUUAACGGUUCACUGCGAAAAUGCAAACUUAGCCAUGAUGUCCUUGGGCCUUGGGAACAUUAAAGAUAAAUUGAUUUACAGUUUGUUGAUGACAAAAAAUUACGUUAGACGAUUGAAAGGCAGCAUUUUUCACAAUAUAACAAUUGUUAAUCUUGAAGUCAGCUACAAUAAAAUCCAAGACAUUGAACCUGAUGUAUUUGAUACUCUUGGGGACAGUCUCGAAUCUCUGAGUUUGGAAGGAAAUAACCUGAAAAGUGUACCAUCUUCUAUAAACAAGCUUGGAAAGUUGCACUACUUGAACUUGGCUCACAAUCAGCUGACGGUCAUACCAGCAAACGCCUUUAGCGGUCUGCCAAAUGUGAAAGAACUUAGACUCGAUAAUAACCAAAUAAAUAAAGUUUUUAGUGGUGCUUUCAACAACAUGCUUAGAUCUCUGGAUAAGCUCCAUCUUCAACACAAUAAAAUGCAAAAAUUUGAACGAGGCGUUUUCAAACAAAUGGUGAAGUUGAAAUAUUUGGAUAUUUCGUAUAACGACUUCAGUAAAUUCGGUAAAACAGAUUUUAAUGAUUUGACUUUCUUGUGGUUUCUGAACGUUUCAUCCAACCACCUAAAUGAAAUGCCUCGAUCGGCUCUUACGAGAAAUGCUCAAUUGAGGGUCUUCAAUGCUUCCAAUAACAAUUUCAAAACAGUCGAUGCCUAUCUACUAAGAGGACUAAGGCUGCUUCGAGAUCUUUAUCUGGCCGGUAAUAAAAUCAAAACGAUGGAUAAAAGAGCUUUGUUGGCUCCUACUCGUUUGAGAACCCUCGAUUUAUCGAGAAAUGUCAUCGAGGACAUUGGCUAUGAGAUGUUCAAAGAGAUGAACUGGUUGGAAAGGUUAGAUCUGAGCUAUAACAAAAUAUCGAGAAUUGCCAGUUCUAGUUUCCAGCGGAUGUUUCAAGUAGUCGUUGAUAUGAGUCAUAAUAAUAUAACGUUCAUAGGUAAAGGAGCUUUCAUCGAGAUGGCGAAUGUGACAGUAUUUGAUCUUUCUUACAAUAAUCUUGCAGAAAUUGCACCAGAUACCUUUCAAAACAGUGACGUUAACAUACUGUUGUUGAACCACAAUAAUAUUACAGAUCUUUCUAAAGUACUGAUCACCAAUUUGACCGGAAUUAAGAUUUUCAACGUGAGUCAUAAUAAAAUUGAUAAAAUAGAUCGUAAGUCAUUUUCUACAAAGAAACUGUACGAACUUCACACUAUAGAUCUUAGCUACAACAACAUAACUGAAGUUACUGGAAAUGCUUUCGAAAAGUUUGGAAGCGUACGUAACAUAAUAUUACAUCACAACAAGAUCCGAAAAAUUGGUUACGGCAGCUUCGGUACAAUUACAACUUUACUAGAAAUUGAUAUCAGCUAUAACAAUAUAACAGAAAUCACUUCUGGCGGUUUUAGUAACCUGGUAUCUGUACGAACUAUCUACGCCCAUCACAAUGACAUUAGAAAUAUGUUUGUUAUACCCAUUGCUUUGAAUGAGAUACACAUUCAGCAUAAUUCUAUUAAGCGAAUACCUCCUGGCAUCUUUCCAGCGAUGAACUCUUUAUUGCAUCUGUAUUUAGAUAAUAAUAAUCUGACUCAAUUGGAAAGAGGUGCCUUUAAAGGAUUGCUUACUUUAAGAACCCUUUCUUUGGGCCACAAUAACAUCUCCAGGAUUCCAUGGGAAGCUCUGGAAGACAUGAGUUCUCUCCAGUAUUUGUAUUUGCAUGGCAACAAUAUAACCACUUUGGGUCGAAAAGCCUUCGGUAAUUUGCCUGUGGUUUUUGAACUUAGGUUAGAUUAUAACAACAUUAAAAAUAUUUCUGUUGGUGCUUUUGAAGGAAUGCUGCAACUCAUCAGGUUGAAUAUGAGCUUCAACAAUAUUUCAUCGAUUCCUCCAUCGACUUUCACAGGUUUAGUUUCCCUGAGAAACCUUGACAUUUCUCAUAACCGAAUAUCGACAUUGGAAAAUAAAACACAUGGCGUACUGGAAGACUUACUGUCUUUAAACGUAUUUAACGUUUCUUAUAAUCACAUUUCUUUCAUAUCUGAUAGAUCAUUUCCAAAGUCUCCAUAUAUACCCUACAGAAUAACUCAUAUUGAUUUGAGUAAUAAUUACAUUCCAAUUAUAACGAAUACUUUUGAUGAUGGUAUGAAACAGGUGGAGGUUCUUAAGUUGCAAAACAACAUUCUUAAUGAAAUAAAACCAGGGGUUCUGUCUAAUCUGACGAACAUUCGCCAUUUAGAUAUAUCUGGGAAUGAGCUUCAGAAAUUACCAAAGGGAACUUUUGGUGUGUUAGAAGAUAUGGAAGAGCUGAUACUGAGAAAUAAUCGAUUAGCUUCUGUAGAAAUCGAAGAAAUUCUGGCAAUGAAUAAACUGCAAUUACUGGAUAUGCGGAACAAUAGAUUUAUUUCGUUUUAUGAGGAACUCAUUCCUGUCAUGAAAGAAAAUUUCACAGUUCUUUUCUCGGGUAAUUUGUUGUUGUGUGACUGCAAUGUCCGCCCACUGCGUUCGUGGCUGAGCAAUCAACCGAAUACGUCUAUGUGGAAUGACGUCACCUGCCAUAAUCCUCCCCAUCUGACCGGCAAAUCCCUGGUAUCCAUGUCCAUCGAUGACCUCGUCUGCCAGGACCGGUAUGUGGCUGUUGAAGAAGUGGUUGUGAAGCCGGACAUCAAAAUUAGGGGGAGUGAGGUACUAAAGGAUCAUGGACUCCGGGUAGUGUGGUAUGUAGCCACGCGGGAAGAUGUGGCCGAUUUUAAGGCCUCCCUCCGAAAUCAAACGGGGACCAUAGUGGUUGAGGAGGUGGUGCCUUACAAUAAGAGGGAACACGUCUUCCGGGGACUGGAGCCGCAGGAGGUGUACCAGUUAUGCUUCAGAGCGAUCGACUCCUUAGGUACAGAGAGAGACGAAUUCGAUUCUCAAUGUACCACAGUAGGACCUGUUGGGGCUGCUAGACGGGUGGAAGCUUCCGCUUUAGGGUUUAUUUUUCCUCUGUUAGUGUCUGUAAUAGCGAUGUGUUUGAGGUUUUAUCUGUGAUAUUUUUAUAUUGAGAUAAUUUUAUUGACUGAAUGCAUAUAUUUUAUAUUAAAAUAUAUU